AGUUGUGUUUUUGGCCUCUUUGAGGAUGUGAGGAUGCCAUCUUUGCAGGCACUCUGAGAAAAAAAAACCCAGACUGUGCUGGAAAUUCAUGGCCAAAUGUGGAGUUGUGGUGGCCGAGGAAAAGCAGUUUAGCGGCACGAUGUCGGCCACGCAGAAGAUGAACCGUAGAGGCGCCUACAACUACUUCCUCAACAUGGUGGCCUAUCAGAUAUGCUGCUGCUGUGGACCCGCUCCCUGCUCGCUCUGCUGUGCCUUCUGUCCUCCGGUCAAAUCCUCCACCAGCACGCGGGUCAUGUACACCCUCUUCCACAUCAUGAGCUGCGCCGUCUCCUGCCUCAUGCUGUCACGCACCGUCUCCGAGCUCGUCAGGGAAAAUGUGCCUUUCUUCAACAUGGUGUGUGACCAGGCGCACGGCGGAGGCCACUGUGAGAUGCUGGUGGGCUACUCAGCGGUCUACAGAGUCUGCUUUGGCACUUCCUGUUUCUACCUGAUGAUGGCGAUCUUCCUCAUAGAUGUGAAGUCCAGCCAGGACUUCAGAGCGCUCAUACACAACGGCUUCUGGUUCCUGAAGUUCAUCACCUUGCUCGGGAUGUGCACUGCUGCCUUCUUCAUCCCGACAGAGUCCUUCCUGCACGCUUGGCAUUACGUUGGUGUGGUGGGAGGAUUUGCCUUCAUCCUCAUCCAACUCAUCCUCAUCACAGCUUUUGCACACACCUGGAACAAGAACUGGUUAACCGGAGCGGCAGAGAACAAGCGUUGGUACCUGGCGGUGAUGUGCGCCACCCUCUUCUUCUACACCAUCGCCACCAUGGCCUUCACCUUCAUGUACAAGUACUACACACACCCCAUCGCCUGCCACUUCAACAAGGCCCUGCUGUGGAUCAACCUGGGACUCUGCGGCCUCAUGUCCUUCAUUGCCGUCACACCGUGCGUGAAGCAGAAGCAGCCUCGGUCGGGGCUCCUUCAGGCCUCCAUCAUCAGCUGUUACGUCAUGUACCUCACUUUCUCUGCUCUGUCCAGCCGCCCGCCAGAGAAAGUUGUGUAUCAGGGCAUGAACAUGACCGUCUGUUACCCAUCUGUGGGACAAGAUGACAUCCAGAAGGAGGGCAACGCCGUCGCCAUCAUCGGAGCUGCCAUCAUGUACUGCUGUGUUCUCUUUGCAUGUAAUGAAGCUUCCUACCUGGCAGAGGUGUUUGGUCCAUUUUGGAUGAUCAAAGUUUACCGCUACGAGUUCCAGAAAGCCACCUGCUGCUUCUGCUGCCCCGAGGAAGAGGAAGCUGAGGAGGAGUUUGUGAUUGACAACGAGAGCAAAGGCUGUCAGAAGGUUAUCCACAACGAGACCCAGAGAGUUGCUUACAGCUACUUCUUCUUCCACUUUGUCUUCUUCUUGGCCUCAUUAUACGUCAUGAUGACCCUCACUAACUGGUUCAGUUAUGAGUCUGCGGUGCUGGAGACCACCUUCACCCACGGCAGCUGGUCUACCUUCUGGGUGAAGAUGUCAUCCUGCUGGGCCUGUGUGAUCCUCUACCUCUGGCUGCUGCUGGGCCCUCUGUGCAGCUGUCAGAAUGAAUCCAGACCUCGCCGCUCACGCAUCAAACGCCGCUCGGCAUCCUCCCGUCACGUCACCGUCAGCGUCUGACACUCUCUGCGAGGGGCCUGGCAGGAGGGAGGCCGACAGGGCGCGAUGCGGACGAGAGGUCAGAUGACUCCGAGCCUCCCAGCGGUUCCCCCCCGCGCAGGAGGGGAUUUUCAGGAAUGGAGGUCACAGGGGUCAGGGGUCAAAGACUCACAGCGCUGUGAGAGGGACCAAUCAGAAGAGUCGGUGCCCCAUUGAUAUGUGAAGAAGUGGGUAAUGCCCUGAUGUCACCGGCGCCGCACCGUGAAAUUAAACCACUAAUGAAGA